AUGGAACCGAAACCAAAACAGCAUGAUGAAUACGGACAUGAAGAUUUGGUCGAUACAUUUUUGAAAUUGAAGCACAUCAACAGGAAUGUCUUCAGGUAAAUGGUUUUCUUUUUUUGCUUGGCUUUUAGACAGAGAGAUCAUCGCUUGACUCAUGUGUCAACUAUUCCUUCUAUGGAGUAAUUUUCUGAAUUGUAGCUCAACUCAUCAACUGCCUGGUCGAAAAGACGGCCACAGAGUCUACGGAGGUCAAGUGGUUGGACAAGCCCUCAUGGCCGCCAACAACACAAUUGAUCCGUCAUUUCAUCCACACAGUCUUCAUUGUCAGUUCCUGGCCCCGGCAGACAAAAGUAUUCCCAUUGUUUACGAGGUAACUCGAGUGCGAGAUGGUCGAAGUUUUGCGACAAGGUUAGUGCAAGCCAAACAACACAAAUCGACGGUGUUUACGACUUCAAUCUCAUUUCAAAAAAUGGAGCCGGAUUCGAUUCGACAUGAACCCGAAAUGCCGAAUGUUCCGCCGCCAGAGGAGUGUGAAGAUGUUAGGACUCUGUUAAAGAGGUAGGAGAUUUUGUCUUUGAAUUUUAAUUUUUAGAGAUGAAAGUUACAUCAAAUUUCGAAAUCAUGAUGUCAUGUUGGAUAGAAGUUUUUGAUGUCAUAUAAAUCAUGCUCAAAAAUUUUUACAAUUUUUCAGGAUGCUCGAUGAUCCUCGCUCCAUUUCCCCCGAAGGUAAAUUAGCUGUGGCGCAAUAUCGCCGCGUUCUGGAGCUACCCGACAUCUUUGGAAUCAAAGUGAUUACCCCUCGGAAGUACAUCAACAUGCCCACCAAUCGACCGAUGAAAUUCGCAAUAUGGGUUCGAAGUUUGACCCCGCUGGGCGAUGACGAACACCUCCACCAUUGCGUUGCGGCUUUCAUAUCGGAUGUGGCGCCAGUUGGAACGCCUCUGUUCGCGAAUGCGGCCGCAGGAUUCAGAUUGGGAAUGGCGGCGUCGUUGGAUCAUUCCAUGUGGAUUCAUCGACCCGACUUCCGAAUUGACAAUGACUGGGUGCUUUAUGAAACUGAAAGUCCGAUUGGAGGUAAGAAUUUGUUUUUUUUGUUCGUUUUAGAGGCAAAAUUGGAAAAUGUUUUCCUGAAAUCUUAAUUUUUGAUUUUUUGAUAUCAGUGUGUCCAGUAUAAUAUAAAAAAACGAAUUUCAGCUGCAAGCCGAGCCUUGAUCCAUGGCAAAAUGUGGACCCGAGAUGGUCGUCUAGUCCUCUCCACGGCUCAGGAAAUCCUACUCCGAGAAGAGCGCUCGCUGGAGAACGGUGACGCCGAAGAGAUUGCACGGAGGGGAUCUUUGAUGCCUACGUGA